UAUGGCAAAAUCAUGUUCCCAAACUUUUACAUUUUAUUAUCCAUGGGAAAAAGUAGCUUUUGCUAUAAAUAAUCGAUAUACAACAAAUUCUUACAGUUCCCAUGUAAUAUCUGAAGACGUCAUAUCUAAAGAAAUUAAAGAUAAUAAAUUAUAUAUUAAAAAAAUAAUUGUCAAAACUAGCAAAAUUCCUAAAUGGGCGGAAAAAAUCAUACCUGCUAGAUCUGUACCCAUACUUGAAGAAUGUAUCAUAGAUCCUUUAAAUAAAAUUUAUGUAUCAUCUAAGCAAAAUAUAAUGCAUCAAAAAUUUAUGAUGGCAAGAGAAUAUUGCACGUACACUCAAGAUAAUGUUAGUCCAAAUAUAACCAAUUGUGAGAAAAAAGCAUGGGUAGAUUCUAAAAUUUUUGGCUUUGCCACUGCUAUAAAAAGAUAUGGAAUCGAAAAAUACAAAUCUAAUUCCACAAAAGCAGAUAUUGGGCUAAACCUUGUCUUGGAAAAAUUCAAUCAAAUCGAUGUUGGCGGUAACAACUAUUCCUUCGACAGCCAAGGGAAGAAACAAAGUUGGCGCCAAAUUUUUAGCAAAAAAUAUUUGAGUCGCAAAUUACUCCACGCUAAAAAUCGAAUAAAUUAUGCACCGCAGCAGAAUUACAAAAAUCACGAUACCGUAAUUGAAAAGGCUUUGACUUAUAUACACACAAAUUUAUUUUAAAAAAUAUUUUAUAUAAAAAAUGAUAACUAUUUUUAUGGAUUUUUAAUUCCUAAAUUAAUCUUAGAUAUUUUUUGUAAAUCAUAUAUACCUUGUGUAGUAAAAUAUUAUGCAUAUUAAGAAGGUAAGGGGAACAGUUAAACUUGUAGAUUAUUUUUUACUAGUGUCAGAAGCAUUUAAACAAUUUAGUUGGCUCAGGUUAAAACGGAAUUUAGCAUGUAAUAUCUUUUAAAAUUUGAAACCAAAUAUAUCAUAUAUUCUUUUUUAGUUAGAAAAUUAUUUAUAUACAAGCCUUAAAAAAAAUGUAAUUUAAAAAAAUUCGACAUUUAUAUCGCAUCGGCUACCUGUACAUAUUCUCUCUU